AUGUCAUCUGAAGAACCACGAUCGGUUCCUCGCGCCUCCUCCGACCGCGCAUCGUUGCGGGCCGAGGAAGAAGACGCCCUGCUCACCGGUGAACGUACCAACCAUCACCAUCACACGCAUCCACGACGCGGCUGGGCCUUUUGGCGAGAAAUCGGUCUCUUUGCCUGGGCCAUCAUUGCCACCAUUGUCGUUAUCGUCCUCGCCGUCGUCUACCAGCAUGAAGUGAGCCGAAACCACAAGCUUGCCUCGAAACCGAGCUGGGGCCCUGGCAGCAAGCCCGCGGGCAAGCGGAACAUGAUCUUCAUGGUGUCCGACGGGAUGGGUCCUGCCAGUCUGACCAUGACUCGCAGCUUUAGACAAUUGACGGAAGGCCUGCCGAUUGACGAUACGCUCGUAUUGGACCAGCACUACAUCGGCACGUCCAGGACGAGGUCCAGCAACACCCUUGUGACGGACUCGGCGGCCGGAGCGACGGCCUUUUCCUGUGCCCUGAAAUCCUACAACAAUGCUAUCUCGGUUACACCCGAGCAUGAACCCUGUGGGACCGUGCUCGAGGCAGCUGCUUUGGCCGGUUACAAGACCGGGUUGGUCGUGACGACCCGCAUUACCGAUGCCACGCCUGCUGCGUUUGCUUCGCAUGUCAACCUGCGCUUUUACGAGGAUAGAGUUGCAUUGCAGGAGGUUGGAGAAUACCCACUGGGCCGGGUGGUUGAUCUGAUGCUCGGUGGUGGCCGGUGCUUUUUCCUGCCCAACUCGACAGAGGGAAGCUGUCGAGGCGAUGACCGGGAUGUGAUUGAGGUUGCCAAGAACAAUGGAUUCAACUACAUCAAUGACCGGGCUGGCUUUGACUCGCUGAACGGUGGAACGGAAGCCCAGCUGCCGUUGCUGGGGCUCUUUGCUGAGAAGGACAUUCCCUACGAGAUUGACCGUCGUACCCAGAAGGAUGUCUAUCCUUCCCUGGAGGAAAUGGCGCGCACUGCCUUGAAGACACUCAGCGAGGCCACUGCCGACAGUGAGCAGGGGUUCUUCCUGAUGAUUGAAGGAUCUCGCAUUGAUCAUGCGGGUCAUGCCAACGACCCUGCUGCCCAGGUCCACGAAGUCAUGGCGUAUGACAGAGCAUUCGAUGCCGUGUUGGAGUUCCUUGAAAACGACUCAACCCCUGGUGUCGUCGUGAGUACAUCUGACCACGAAACUGGUGGUUUGGCGGCCGCACGCCAACUGAGCCCGGAUUACCCCGAGUACAAGUGGCUUCCUAAUGUGCUCGCCAAUGCCAAACAUUCCGUCGAGUUUGUGAACAGCAAGCUCUCGAAAUUUUUGACCGGGGAGAAAGACUCCUCGAAGCAGAAGAAAUACGUCAAGGGUCUUCUAAAGGAGGCAAUGGGCAUCACCGAUGCAACAGCCGAAGAGGUGGACGCCGUCCUGAACCCUCCUCACCAAUUAGCAACGUCCAGUAAUGUACUUUCGGACAUGCUCAGCCGAAGAGCACAAAUCGGAUGGUCGACACACGGACACUCCGGCGUCGACGUCAACAUUUACGCUUCCUCCUCCAAGCACGCCUGGCCCUUGGUCGGCAACCACGAGAAUAUCGAAAUCGGCAACUUCAUCGCAAACUACCUCAGUCUCGACCUGAACAACGUCACCAAGUUCCUCCAGGCGUCCCCCGUCUCAACGGGCCCUGCCCCAGAUGACAACGCCGACGCUUCCGUCAAGGCCGAAACCCCAUUCAGCUGGAUGGGCGACCCUCUCGGCUCGGACUUCCGUACCGUAGGUCUAGACACCUACCACGGAGAAUUCAAACGAUCCGAAUCAGACUGCGGAUGCGGUGGCACCCACUAA